AAUGAAUGGGAAACUGACGAAGACUUUUUCUACUACUCUCAGCAGUCCGUCUCAACUGCUGCCUUUCAGCUGACCCACCGGAUCUUCCUCCUCCCUUAUACCUGCGAGGUGUGCUCUCUCAAUGAUCGGAGACCCUGAUGAGCUCUUGCCUUCGUGAGCUUGACCUCAUCAGCUUCCGUGUCGAGUGAAGACUUGUUAUUGGCAAAGCCCUUGCCUCUUUUUUCUUUUCGUCAGGGGGGUUUCGCGGGGAAAAGGAUUCAUGGGCUUCUCUUCUGGAGCUGGAAGAAUUUGAAUUUUGCUUUGGUUUGGACUUCUCGAGCUUUGAACAUUGAAGGCGAGAUAUUGCGGUUCUGGUGUCCACUGUUGUCAUUGGUAAGCUAUGAAGUGCUUCUCAUUCCUAAUUGGGGACAAAAAGGAUGAUACACUGCAGACUCCUAAGUGUAUGUCAACCACGUCAACCAUUCCAACAUCUGCUAAUGGUGAAGUGAAGAGAAGCGAGUCCGAAUUAGAAUCUCAGAAUGUGUCAGAGACUAGCACAGAAUCAUCUAUGGGGAGGGCUAACUUUCCAAUUGUAUCUCAGAGAUCCAGCAAUCUCAGGGAUUUCUCAGUCUCGGAGCUCAAGUCUGCCACAAAGAAUUUCAGCCGUUCUGUCUUGAUUGGGGAGGGCGGGUUCGGGUGUGUUUUUAAGGGAACAAUCAGGAGCACAGAAGAUUUGUCCAAGAAACUUGAAGUAGCAGUAAAACAGUUAAGCCGAAGAGGGACACAGGGGCAUAGAGAAUGGGUGACGGAAGUUAACGUUCUCGGUGUUGUUGAGCACCCAAACCUUGUCAAGCUGCUCGGCUACUGCGCCGAUGAUGAUGAGAGGGGGAUCCAACGGCUCUUAGUUUAUGAAUACAUGCCGAAUGGGAGUGUGGAUGAUCAUUUAUCUCCUCGGUCCGAUAAAACGCUUUCGUGGGCAAUGAGGUUGAGAAUAGCCCGAGACACUGCUCAGGGUUUGGCAUACUUGCACGAGGAGAUGGAUUUUCAGAUAAUCUUCAGGGAUUUCAAAUCUUCAAACAUUCUACUGGACGAGCAAUGGAAUGCGAAGCUAUCCGAUUUCGGACUUGCAAGGCUUGGGCCCACUGAGGGAUUGACCCAUGUAUCAACAGCGGUCGUAGGGACCAUGGGAUAUGCAGCCCCUGAAUACGUGCAAACGGGCCGCUUGACAUCCAAGAACGAUGUGUGGAGCUAUGGUGUGUUCCUCUACGAGCUUAUCACGGGGAGACGACCGCUGGACCGUAACCGGCCAAAGAGUGAGCAGAAGCUUUUGGAAUGGGUUAAACCGUAUCUGUCAGACGCCAAGAGGUUUCAACUGAUAGUUGACCCGAGGCUCGAGAGGAAGCAAAUCCAAAAGUCCGCGUACAGGCUUUCCACGGUAGCGAACAGGUGCUUGGUCCGGAACCCAAAGUCUCGGCCUAAGAUGAGCGAAGUGCUGGAAAUGGUAAACAAGAUCAUGGAGGCGUCGGAAGAAAUGGGAGGAUGCGAGAGUUUUGCGAGCAUCAGGACUUCCGUGGACGGUGGGAUGAAGAACAAGAGGAGGAUCCCUGAUUUCAAGCCAGGGGAAGUCAGUUGGUUUGGGAAGUUGUGGACAAGCAAGGUUGUUAAGACAUGUUGAUCAUGACAGUUCACAUGAGAUUAGGCAUUUCAGGACUUCGUGUAAAUAGUAUCAGCGAGGAAGAGCAGAGAUGGUGUAUUAUGGAUCAGUUGGCUUCAUGCUCAGUUUAAUGAACUGAGCAUGACAGUUCACAUGCGCCUUUUCAACUCUUAUCAAGCGGAGAACGGGCGAAGAACUUCAUCUCUUGACAGAGCAUGCGAAAGACGUGAUAUUAUACAUGUGAUUUAAGCAGAUUGUCGUAUAAUUUGUUCUGAAGAAUGUAUGAAUAAAUAAUUCUUGAAUGCCAGUUCUAUAUAUUCUUUGAAAUUGCUGA